AUUUUUCUUGAACUUUGAAGUGAAAAUACAAAUUACGAAAACAUACUUCUUCUUUUCUAUAGAUCUUUUCUUACGAAUUAGAAAGUUUUACUUAAAUUGUGAUUAAAUUUUUAAAAUUUCAUCAUAAAAUUGAAGGCGCGAUUUACUGGUUAACUGGCAUUUCCCAACAUUGCUUCUGUUUCGAUUGCAUGCCAUGUCUAAUACUAUUUGAAAUCGCGUACAUUCUUUUCAUAUUGAUAGUUCAUACACUUCUUUUUCAAUUUUUGAAUGUUCCAGCUUUGGCUUGUAAAAUAAAAUGAAUAAAUUAAAAUCAGCCCAGCGAGAAAAAGUGAAAAAAUUCAUUGCCUGCACGCAAACGUCGGAGGUAGUCGCUAUAUAUUGUUUGUCUCAAAACGAUUGGAAACUAGAACCAGCUACAGAUGAUUAUUAUCAAAAUCCUACCAGAUAUUUGAGUGUUAUCAAAGAUCCUAAAAUGAUUAAUACUUCGUCGAAUCUAACCAAUAGUGGCUCUCACCAUCUGUAUAAUACUGCUCAUAACUUACAACAUACCAUAGCACAUAGCAGUCACGGCAUGGAUAGAAGAAAAUUAGACACAUUAUUUUCGCGUUAUAAAGAUCCUUCGGAACCUGACAAAAUUACUGCUGACGGAGUGAUGAAAUUCUUGGAUGAUUUAAAUUUAUCGCCGGAUUCAAAAUUAGUGUUGAUCAUUGCUUGGAAAUUUAAAGCUGCUGCGCAAUGUGAAUUCACCAAAGAUGAAUUUGUUCGUGGCAUGAUGGAAAUUGGUGCUGAUACUAUUGAUAAGUUGAAGAUGAAACUGCCUGUUUUGGAAGCUGAGUUGAGAGAUAGUUUAAAUUUUAAGGAUUUCUACCAAUUUACAUUUAAUUACGCAAAGAAUCCAUGCCAAAAAGGCCUAGAUUUAGAUAUGGCAAUUACGUAUUGGAAUAUUGUAAUGCGAGGACGUUUCAAAUUUUUGAAUUUAUGGUGUCGGUUCUUAGAAGAGCACCAUAAACGCUCAAUCCCAAAAGACACAUGGAAUUUAUUGUUGGAUUUUUCUUCCGUCAUUAAUGAAGAUUUAAGCAAUUACGACGAAGAAGGUGCCUGGCCUGUAUUAAUUGACGAUUUUGUAGAAUGGGCUCGUCCAUUAAUUCAGUCUAGUGAACAUCCGCAUAGUACCCAAAUGUAAACGAAUUGUCAGCCUUCCUUUGUAAAGAAAAUAUGGUAUCGAAGUACAUAUUGAAUACCAACGACAACAUCGAAGAAUACAUUAAAUGGUCAAACGUAAACAAUGAAAUACGUGGUAAUACACUAAUUUCAAUACCACUAUAUAUUGGCGUUGUUCAGGUAUAAUAUAUGGGUAUACGUAUUACUAGUGUUUCAUUCGUCUACUCAAUUGACAUUUACAAAGUUACUUUCAGAUUUUCUACUAAAAUCAGUUACUUUAUAUUUUAUAAUUUACAUUCAUUAAUGUUCCCUUUGACAACAAAUUUUCUGAUCACCUUACGUAUCCAUAAGUUUCUAUUUUUGUUUUUUUGAGUUCAUAUUCUAUUCAAUCAUUUUACAGUAAUUCUUCUGAUCUACAACAAGUUUAUGCAAAAUGAACGAAUUACUCGAAUCUUUGAAAACGUUGAUGUUUAUUGCUUUUAUUAGAUGACUAACACUUUUGUUUCACACUUUCGAUUAAUUGUUCGUUAAACAUGAAUUUGAAGCCAACGUGACAAAUUGUCCUAGUCCACAUUUUGCGUGUGAAGUAAUUAUCCGAACUGUAGAAUUGAAUAGUUUUUGUUUCUUUUUUAUAUACCUAUUACGUUUUAGUUUGUUUUUGUAAUCGUUCUUUCUCUUCGCUGUUAGAGAUUACGAGUUAUUGUAUAUAACUACAUAUAUUACAUUAUGUAUAGGGAGUUAUCUGUUUCGCAAUUAUAAUUGAAUAGAAAUGUUAUUAUAA